UUUUGCUCAGUCUUUUGUUGUUCCAAAUCUGUUUCUUACAGACCCUGGAAAUUGCAGGUGUGGGGGUCUGGGUAACAGCUGCCCUUGUCUCCUAGGCUUGGGACGGACUCUCUGGAGUUUGUGUCCUGGGGCUGUGUGCUCAGACUUGACCAUGUUUGGGCAUGGAGGCCUGUCCCGGAUGGGGACCAGAGGCUGCUUUCCCAGAGAUGGGCUGGGAGCCCAAGCUUCCUGCUGCAGCUCAGGCAGCCUCUUUUGGGGUGGGGGCUGGGGGCCAGGCCAAAAGUCUCUGCCUGCUGAAGACUCCAGGGCUCCAGAAACUAAAUGACAAGUGCCUGCAGUGGACAUGGGAAAGAAGCUGGUGAUGGCCCAGAAGCGGGGAGAGACUCGAGCCCUUUGCCUGGGUGUGGCCAUGGUGGUGUGUGCGGUCAUCGCCUACUAUAUCCUGGGCACGACUAUGCUGCCCCUCUACCAGAAAAGUGUGUGGACCCAGAAAUCCACGUGCCAUCUGAUUGAGACCAGCAUCAGGGAGCAGGAGGAGCUAGAGGGCAAGAAGGUGCCCCAGUACCCGUGCCUGUGGGUCAACGUGUCAGCUGUGGGCCGGUGGGCUGUGCUGUAUCACACAGAGGACACUCGGGACCAGAACCAGCAGUGCUCCUACAUCCCAGGCAGCAUGGAGAACUACCAAGUGGCCCGGGCCGAUGUGGAGAAGGUCAGGGCCACAUUCCACGAGAAACAGAUUUUCUACUGCUUCUCAACCACUCGGGAGAACGAGACCACUGUGCUGUACCAGCGCCUCUAUGGGCCCCGGACCCUGCUCUUCUCUCUCUUCUGGCCUACCUUCCUGCUGACUGGAGGUCUCCUCAUUAUCGCCAUGGUGAAGAUCAACCAGUCCCUCUCCAUCCUGGCAGCUCAGAAGUAGGCCUAUCCAUGUCCCAGAGCUGCCUCAGCCGCUAGAGACUGGGUGGGCCCCCAGGCUGCUCCCAACUUGGGUACCCCUGCCCCUUCCCCUGCCUUCUCACUACUUCGCUCCAUCCCAUAGUGACCUCUGCUAUCUGGAUGGGCUUUGGGAAGUCCCUUUGUCAUGUCAUUCCUGAUUAAGAAUGUACACCACUUCUUGGUGCUUCAGAGAGCUCAAGGUCAGCCGGUAACAGCGUCCCAUCAUUACCUGUCCCCACUCAGUUGACUGAAACCCACUUCCCGCCGCACCACCCACCAGCCCACAGAUGCCAAUGACGCUCAUCUCCAUGCCUGUGUUCUCGUGGUUGGCUCAAAGGCCUACCUUUGUCAUCCAUGGCAGACCUCACUUUCUUCUUUGAAUUCCAUCAUGAAAACCACAGCAGCUCCCAUGUAUAGAGAACAUUUAGAAUUGGCUUGUAGGAUGCUAGGUGCUAUGUAUGUUUUUAUUCUAAUAUUAUUAACAAAUAUAGGUAUGAACUUCCAGUUGUAAAAUACCUAAGUCCUGGGUGACUAUAGUUCACCAUACUGUACUGUAUACUUGAACGUGGCUGAGAGAGUAAAUCCUAAAUAUUCUCAUCCCAAGAAAAAAAAAGUUGUAACUGUGUAUGGUGACAGAUGUUAACUAGAUUUACUGUGAUGAUCAUUUUGCAAUAUAUAUAUAAACAUAUCAAAUUAUUAUGCUGUACACCUAAAACUAGUGUAAUAUCUCUCUCUCUCUCUAUAUAUAUAUAUAUCACAAGAGGCUAUAAAAAAUUACACUAAAAUAUAUCAAAAUAUUAACAGUGGGAUUGGGGAUUGGGAUGGUGGUUAAUUUUAAUUUUCUUUCUCAUUCUUUUUAUCUUUGGUACUUUUCUAAAUUUUCAGCAGUAGGAAGGUGUGGUUUCAUUGUUGUUUUUUUUUUAAUAAAUGUGCUUC